UGUCCUCUUCUGGUACUCUGGCCCCUCAGUGAAACACACCUAUUUAAGGCCAGCAGCCAGUGGGGACAGAUUCACCUCUGCUCCUCACACCAUCGCUUCUGUGCCGAGGACCUUCCUGAGGGAGAGUGAGGGACUCUUUCCAGAGCCAUGAGGGGUACCCACUGGAGGAGGCUCCCCUGCGUGUUCCUGAGCUGCUUGUGUUCCUACAUCCUUGGGCCAGCGGUCCUGGGCACUGCCCAAACCCAGGGGGCAUCGUUGACAAGCAGACACUGUCUGACAAGCAGUGUUACUGAGGACCUGUCCCCUUCCAGCAUCAGCCACACACCUCCCACAUCAUCAGAACUGAUGACAGGAACAACCUCAGCCAACAUCACUGUAGGUCAAGCAAAGGAAAUAUCACCCUCUGUUACUAGCAAUUUUGAUCCAGUCACCUCAGCAGUCUCAAUAGCAGCUGGAGGAAAGAGACAAUCAAAGGCAUUUUCUUCCAGUUCCACUACUCGGGAUACAUCAGCAUCUUCUCAAAACUAUCAGGCUGAGCUCAGAAAGACCAUGGAAGAAUCCCAAACCACCACCAUCACAGAAGUGAGGCAGUCAUUACCUUCAUCCUCUUCAAGUGGACAUGCAACACAAUUGAAAACUACCCAUGAGACAUUCCUUUCAGGCAAAACAAUCUCUUCAGUCUCAUCUGGUGUGAGUCACAUGCUUGUAACAAAAUCAAAAAUGUUGACAGCACCAACCUCAACAGACAGAACAUUCUCCCCAUCAAAUGUAAGCAAUACAUCUCCAAUGACAUCAGCAUCUUCUCAGAACCACCAGACUCCGAGCAUGAAAACCACCAGAGGAACACAAACCACCACCAUCACAGCUGUGAGAACAUCAACUCUCUCGUCAUCGACACGUGCACUCAAAUCUACAGAAGACACUUCCCAGAGGACAUCCCCUUCAGGUACAACAACCACUUCAUUCCCACCCUAUGUGAGGCAUACACCUACAGUAACAUCAAAAAUAUGGAGAACAAAAACCUCAGCAGACAUCACUGUAGGAAACCCGAGGAACACAUCACCAACUCUACCGAGACAUAUCCAUCCAGUGUCAGUGACAACUGGACCAGAGAAACAAUCAACCUUACCCCCUUCCACCACUUCUACUGGGAAAACAUCAGCAUCUUCUCAGAACCACCAGACUCCGAACAUGAAAACCACCAGAGGAACACAAACCACCACUAUCACAGUUGUGAGAACAUCAACUCUCUCAUCAUCGACACGUGCACUCAAAUCUACAGAAGGCACUUCCCAGAGGACAUCUCCUUCAGGUACAAUAACCACUUCAUUCCCACCCCAUAUGAGGUAUACACCUACGGUAACAUCAAAAAUAUGGAGAACAAAGUCCUCAGCAGACACCACUGUAGGAAACCCAAGGAACACAUCACCAACUCUACCGAGACAUAUCCAUCCAGUGUCAGUGACAACUGGACCAGAGAAACAAUCAACCUUACCCCCUUCCACCACUUCUACUGGGAAAACAUCAGCAUCUUCUCAGAACCACCAGACUCCGAACAUGAAAACCACCAGAGGAACACAAACCACCACUAUCACAGUUGUGAGAACAUCAACUCUCUCAUCAUCGACACGUGCACUCAAAUCUACAGAAGGCACUUCCCAGAGGACAUCUCCUUCAGGUACAACAACCACUUCAUUCCCACCCUAUGUGAGGCAUACACCUACAGUAACAUCAAAAAUAUGGAGAACAAAAACCUCAGCAGACAUCACUGUAGGAAACCCGAGGAACACAUCACCAACUCUACCGAGACACAUCCAUCCAGUCUCCACAGUGUCAAUGACAACUGGACCAGAGAAACAAUCAAUCUUACCCUCUUUCACCACUUCGGCUGGGAAAACAUCAAUGUCUCCUCAGAACCACCAGACUCCGAGCAUGAAAACCACCAGGGGAACACAAACGACCACCAUCACAGCUGUGAGAACAUCAACUGUCUCAUCAUCGACACGUGCACACAGAUCUACAGAAGGCACUUCCCAGAGGACAGCUCCUUCAGGUACAAUAACCACUUCAUUCCCACCCCAUAUGAGGUAUACACCUACGGUAACAUCAAAAAUAUGGAGAACAAAGUCCUCAGCAGACACCACUGUAGGAAACCCAAGGAACACAUCACCAACUCUACCGAGACAUAUCCAUCCAGUGUCAGUGACAACUGGACCAGAGAAACAAUCAACCUUACCCCCUUCCACCACUUCUACUGGGAAAACAUCAGCAUCUUCUCAGAACCACCAGACUCCGAGCAUGAAAACCACCAGAGGAACACAAACCACCACCAUCACAGCUGUGAGAACAUCAACUCUCUCAUCAUCGACACGUGCACUCAAAUCUACAGAAGACACUUCCCAGAGGACAUCUCCUUCAGGUACAACAACCACUUCAUUCCCACCCUAUGUGAGGCAUACACCUACAGUAACAUCAAAAAUAUGGAGAACAAAAACCUCAGCAGACAUCACUGUAGGAAACCCGAGGAACACAUCACCAACUCUACCGAGACACAUCCAUCCAGUCUCCACAGUGUCAAUGACAACUGGACCAGAGAAACAAUCAAUCUUACCCUCUUUCACCACUUCGGCUGGGAAAACAUCAAUGUCUCCUCAGAACCACCAGACUCCGAGCAUGAAAACCACCAGGGGAACACAAACCACCACCAUCACAGCUGUGAGAACAUCAACUCUCUCAUCAUCGACACAUGCACGCAAAUCUACAGAAGGCAUUUCCCAGAGGACAUCUCCUUCAGAUACAAUAACCACUUCAUUCCCACCCCAUAUGAGGUAUACACCUAUGGUAACAUCAAAAAUAUGGAGAACAAAGUCCUCAGCAGACACCACUGUAGGAAACCCAAGGAACACAUCACCAACUCUACCGAGACAUAUCCAUCCAGUGUCAGUGACAACUGGACCAGAGAAACAAUCAACCUUACCCCCUUCCACCACUUCUACUGGGAAAACAUCAGCAUCUUCUCAGAACCACCAGACUCCGAACAUGAAAACCACCAGAGGAACACAAACCACCACCAUCACAGCUGUGAGAACAUCAACUCUCUCAUCAUCGACACGUGCACUCAAAUCUACAGAAGACACUUCCCAGAGGACGUCUCCUUCAGGUACAACAACCACUUCAUUCCCACCCGAUGUGAGGCAUACACCUACAGUAACAUCAAAAAUAUGGAGAACAAAAACCUCAGCAGACAUCACUGUAGGAAACCCGAGGAACACAUCACCAACUCUACCGAGACACAUCCAUCCAGUCUCCACAGUGUCAAUGACAACUGGACCAGAGAAACAAUCAAUCUUACCCUCUUUCACCACUUCGGCUGGGAAAACAUCAAUGUCUCCUCAGAACCACCAGACUCCGAGCAUGAAAACCACCAGGGGAACACAAACCACCACCAUCACAGCUGUGAGAACAUCAACUCUCUCAUCAUCGACACAUGCACGCAAAUCUACAGAAGGCAUUUCCCAGAGGACAUCUCCUUCAGAUACAAUAACCACUUCAUUCCCACCCCAUAUGAGGUAUACACCUAUAGUAACAUCAAAAAUAUGGAGAACAAAGUCCUCAGCAGACACCACUGUAGGAAACCCAAGGAACACAUCACCAACUCUACCGAGACAUAUCCAUCCAGUGUCAGUGACAACUGGACCAGAGAAACAAUCAACCUUACCCCCUUCCACCACUUCUACUGGGAAAACAUCAGCAUCUUCUCAGAACCACCAGACUCCGAACAUGAAAACCACCAGAGGAACACAAACCACCACUAUCACAGCUGUGAGAACAUCAACUCUCUCAUCAUCGACACGUGCACACAGAUCUACAGAAGGCACUUCCCAGAGGACAUCUCCUUCAGGUACAACAACCACUUCAUUCCCACCCGAUGUGAGGCAUACACCUACAGUAACAUCAAAAAUAUGGAGAACAAAAACCUCAGCAGACAUCACUGUAGGAAACCCGAGGAACACAUCACCAACUCUACCGAGACACAUCCAUCCAGUGUCAGUGACAACUGGACCAGAGAAACAAUCAACCUUACCCCCUUCCACCACUUCUACUGGGAAAACAUCAGCAUCUUCUCAGAACCACCAGACUCCGAACAUGAAAACCACCAGGGGAACACAAACCACCACCAUCACAGCUGUGAGAACAUCAACUGUCUCAUCAUCGACACGUGCACUCAAAUCUACAGAAGGCACUUCCCAGAGGACAUCUCCUUCAGGUACAACAACCACUUCAUUCCCACCCGAUGUGAGGCAUACACCUACAGUAACAUCAAAAAUAUUAGAACAAAAAGGUCAACAGACAACACUAUAAGAAACACAAUAGACAAAUCCCCUUUUGUAACUGGAAGUUCUUCUCCAUUCACUCCUAAAGCUUCUACACCAUGGCAGUCAUCAGUACAAUCUACUCCUUUCCACCAGUUCUUCAACUCCACAGACAUCUAUGGUUUUCCAUCCUCACUAAAGCAAAGACACAAAGACCACAGGAUGGCCCUAUACUAAAAGUUCAAUCUCUACAGAUGUUUCUCAUGAGAUAUUUACUCCAGAUAAAACAAUAACACUCACUUCUGUAUCCUUCAGUGACAGCCACACAACUCAGUCAGAAAAAGAACCAUUGUCAACACCAGUGGUUGCCAGUACAUUGAUCACAGAAAGAGCAUCCACCUCCCCUGCUAGUAUUUCUUGAGUUACAUCUAAAGUCUCAACAGUAGAAAACAGGAAGA